AUGGCGUUGAGAGAAAAUGGCAGCCAGUCGAUCAAACGGACAACAAAACUUCUAGCGAAGGUUGUGUUAAUUCACUCAGAGGACCUAGUAACCCUCUGUGAUAAACUUCCAAAGGUACCUAACCGGGUAAGGAAAUUUAUUCCUUCCUUUUCAACACCGCGCUGAAUAUUUUACAACAGCGUUGUUAUGUUAAAAAAUUUAACUUACCGGUGACUCUAGAGAACAGCCCUUUAAUUCGCAUGUUUCCUGUCUUAUUUUCAGGCAUCAUUAACUCAUACUUUGAUUAAAGCCUAUGGACUUUUGGAAAACACAAGGUAAUUUGAAAUUUCAUAUUAGCGUGGAAAAUACAGUUACUUAAAUCAACUGAAUACAGGGGGUAAGUUUCUAAAGACGCUGUAGUGCUGCGUCGGUGGGCGAGUGUAACAGCAUUAUUUUGGUUUUAACUACUGAGUUGAUGAGUUAAAUGGGCCACCGUAAAGAGUUUCAAAGCUGACGUUUCGAGCGUAAGUCCUUCGUCAGCUUUGAAAGUUUUUUUCCGGUGGCCAAUUUAAAUCAUCAACUCAGUUGAUAAAAUCAAAAUUACCUAUUAAAUGUCCUUGUUCAUCAACACUACCUUUAAUUAUUUGGAUAAAAUUAACUUGAAAUGUAUGGGCACUCGUAGUAAGGAAAAGCCUUAUUUUAGUCUAAGUUUUCUUGAAUGAAGAAUCCCUCCUUGUUUUGAAUCAUAAAGAUAUUUUUUUUACACAAACUGAAAUUCAAUUAUAGGAAUUUGAAAAUAAAGGUAUCAGUACCUGUUCAAGAAACAGGUUUUCCAUGUAUCCAUGACAGGGUCAAUUAAUUUUUCUCCUCUCAAUGUCACCUAAUUUUUCACAACAAAUAAUCUUAAAAAUUUCUUUAAAAAAUUUAAUUUUAAAACCCAUAUUGAAUUUUUUUUUGUAAAUGAAUGAUCACUGCUUCUGUUUAUCAUCUUCUCAAAAUCGAAUAGUAAUGUGUUAGUCACUUUCAUGAGAAAACAAUUUCCCUGCUUGAGGUGUCUCUGAAUGAGUAAUGAGUUGUAGGUAAGCAUCAUAGCAGCAUUUCAGUUGGUUAAAUGAUGGGCUGCCUUUUGUGAGCUCAAGGGUUUGAGCCCCAAACAAGUUAGAUCUAACUGGCUAGGAGCUGUUGUAUGUUUUUGUUAGGUUUUCUGGGCUUGACCAUGCAUUGCACACAUCAAUGUUAUUAACUGAUGAAAUCAUCCUCUUAAUUUACUCAUUCACAAUAUACAAACAAAACAAUGGAUUGAUCAUGCACAGGGAGCACAAACAAUUGCACCUCUGCUUCCCUUCCUAAGUUCUGAUAGGGUUCCUAAUCAGUCACCUACUUCUAACAAUAACAUGACCAGAAGUCAGGGUCUUUAAAUAUCUGUACAUGCAUUGCCUAAUUGCAAUGACAUAUCCCUUUGAUUAGAUGGACAAUUUAGCCAUUCUGGUUAGAGAUUAUGAACUGUAAGCUGAGUUUUUUAGUGAGGAGGGGUUGGAGGAGUUGUAUAGCUUGAAGCUAAUCUGGUAAAAGAGUUUGUUAUCAGCAAGUAGACCUAAAUUUCCAACAUGUUUAGCAAUUUUUUCCCACAAAUUAUUCAAAUAAGUAGAAUUUGUAAUUGCUGUUUUGAUUUGUGUAACACACGAAUACAUAUUUACACUGUACUAGUUGUUACACUUACAAGAAUGUCAACUUUUUGAUAGAGUUGUUAAACCUCGGCAAGCCUCUGCACAUGAGCUUUCAUCAUUUCACUCUUUGGACUAUGUUAAGUGCUUAGAAAAGCUUUCAAGUAACUGCAAUGAUGAGGAAAUGGAAGAAACAGCUGGGGAAUAUGGCUUAGGUAUGUCAGAAAUUAAUAAUUGAUACUUUACAUUGUGUAUGGUUGAUGUUUUGGGAUCAGCAAUAGAUCUAGUCAGUAGUUACUGUACGAGAGUGCUUCUGAUAGUAACAAGAAAGAAAAAACAUUGUUUCAACUCAUUUCUAUUUUGUUCCAGGGUUUGACUGUCCCCUCUUUGAAGAUUUGUUGGAUUGUAUGUCCGUUAUUGCCGGCGGUACACUCACUGCUGCAGAGAUGUUAAUCAAACAGGAAUGCUCCAUAGCAAUCAAUUGGCAAGGAGGCUGGCAUCAUGCCCAAAGGUGUGAGGAGCAAAUUUCUGUAGUUGUAACCAUAGUUUUCAGGGUUUUUUUUUUUUUUGCUUUUUUAUAAUUUUUACUAUUUGUUGUUUUUGAAAAAUGAAAAUGUUGUAUGAUAGUGACAAGUGUGGCUGUUGUAAGAAUCUUUUUUUCCACAAAACUAAUCCAGCUCCAUAACCAAAAAAAAAUAAUUUCAAACAAGGUAAAUUGUUAUUUUGAGCAUCCCCUGCAUAAUUACAUAUUUAUUUUAAGUUGUUGGUUCACCCUUGUCCUCACCAUGUCCCUACAUUAUCCCACAAACCUGUGAUGAGGAUAGAAAAAGUUAUCACUUAGGGAGGCCCCAUGUUCAAUUCCCAAAUAAAUACUUCUUACUAAAGAUUGUUUAGCAGAAGUAGAGGGAAAAUGAUGAAUCAGCCUUUAUACACAUUCUCCAAACUGUUCAUUGUAUAUCUUUACAUAUCAUUUCUAAGGUGCUGACAAGGAUAAUUUGUUUAACAAUUAGAGUUGUUUUAUUUGGUUAUUGUUACCUCUAUUCAUAUGACCUUCAUGUUUGAUUCAGGGUGAUACAUUUGUAGGGAUAAAUUAGAUGCUAGUCGUUCUUAAGGUUUGAAGAUUCAAGAGAGGGAUCAAAGGACAAAGUCCUGCCCAUAAAAUUCAAAAGAUCAUUUCAAAGCAAAAUCAGUUUCUUUAGCUUGAAAUUCAGGAACAACUUUUUUUCUUGCUAGGAAUGAAGCAUCUGGAUUCUGCUACAUCAAUGAUGUUGUCUUAGGAAUUUUAAAGUUGAGAGAGAAGUUUGACAGGAUUCUCUAUGUUGACAUUGAUCUUCACCAUGGGGAUGGUUUGUAUAUUAUCAAUGCUUAGAAGUAGCUUGCAUAUUCCAAAGGUUCUUCAUUACUCAUCAAAAUAUUUUAUUUCAGUAAAAUAUCCAUUACAAAUUUUGUUUGCAGGGGUUGAGGAUGCUUUUUCUUUUACCUCAAAAGUGAUGUCAGUGUCAUUUCAUAAAUUUUCCCCAGGAUUUUUCCCAGGUAAUAUGCUACAAUUUUAUUUGUUUAUGUUCAUCACUGUCCUUCCUACUUUGCUGUAUGAGCAUACUUCUGUUUGUUGGGCGAAAAGCUGGCAAACAUUAAAGAGUGAACUGUUUAAUUUCAUUUUUAAAAAUAUUUCAUGUAUUUGCAGGUACAGGUGCAAGUCAAGAUGUGGGUUUAGGCAAAGGAAAGUAUUACACUGUAAAUGUACCCCUGAAGGAUGGAAUUACUGACAAGCCUUUCAUAGAAAUAUUUUCAAGGUAAUUUGUCAUGGUAUUCCUUUAUUUGUUUUUUCUGUCAUUUAUUUAUCUAUUUGUUAUAAUUUUCUUAUUUCUUAAUUUUUUCUGAUUGCAUUUUGUAGGGUCAUGUCAGAAGUUAAGAAGAGAUUCAAGGCAAGCGCAGUUGUUUGUCAGUGUGGAGUUGAUACACUAGCUGGUGAUCCUAUGGCCUCUUUUAACCUCACUCAAUAUAGCAUUGGAGAAUGCAUCAAAUACUUGAUGGAAUGGAACUUGCCUUUGUUAUUACUGGGAGGAGGUAAGUCAUCUGGCCCCUUGAAAGUGGAAGGCCUGAGGUUUCUGCCAGUCCUCUUUGGGGACCCAGAGGUGUUCAUCAUCCCAUGAAAACUAUCAAAAAUACCAAGUCUUUGUACUUCUGGUAAAUGUUACAACAUGAUAAAGAGAAUGGUCCAGGGAUAACUUAAAUCCAGGCAGCAGUGUUACAUUCAGAUGUUAUCUGACAUGAAUUUUUCAUUUUUUAGGUGGGUACAAUGUCAAGAAUUCUGCAAAGUGCUGGACGUAUCUGACUGGUGUGGCUCUCAAUCAACAGUUGUCACUUGAUAUCCCAGAACAUGAGGUAACACUUGUGGCAAAGGCAAAAUCUGCUUUGGUUGUCUUAAUAGUUAAGUAAAUAGUUCCAUUUUAAAAAUUAUGUCUUUUGCAGUAUUUCCUGGCCUAUGGACCAGACUACCAACUCCAUAUUCCUGCAGGAAGGAGGAAAGAUAUGAACACCCCAGAAGAUAUCACAAAUCUUCUUAACACUGUAACAGGUAUUCAGAACGCAAACAUACAUGAGCCAUUUAAGUUUCAACAACAAUAA